CGAUCGCCUCCUUAGUUAACUUCCGUCAUGUAGUGAAGUACAACGUUAAUUACCCCGAGGUGCCUUUAACUGUCAAAAAUGGGCCGCCGAAACAAAUGUAAGCCCCGUAUGAUCCCCCAACAGGACAAACGAAUCUGCGGCUGUAUCUGCUUUUGCCAAUUGGUUGUCGUAUUUAGUUGCGUAUCGCUUAUUUAUUUAACGGUGGCCAUUUAUAUUCCUUCCUAUAGAGCGUUCCAUUCCGGUUUUGAAGAGCGGCCUGUCAUGUGCCAAACUGUAAAUACGAGUAUGCUCAACAAUUGCAGCUGGGCCUCGUGUGGCGAGUGGUGUCUCACGAAAACCUCGGGCUUUUGCCCGCAAAUUCACGCAACGACGAGGCAAAACGGCACUACGAUACAACUCCAAAACUGUACCAAUUUCCGGACCUCGCAUUGCCCGCCCGUUAACGCCAACGAUCUGAAAAAACACAACUGCAACAACGGAACGGAGUGCAGCUCCCUGAAGGGGGUUUUCAACUGCUCCUUGGGACAUUGCACCAACGUGUCGCAAAUUUACGAGUGUCAUUACCGGGCCGACGGCUUCACCGUCGAUAGCGACAAGGACAACGCGAAGCUUAACGGGAUUUUCGAAUGCAAAGGCUCCAAGUGCACCAAAAUCAAGCGGGGCUUCAGCUGCGACCGCAUUUGCAAGGAAAACAUAACUUCAGUAGGGAAAAACGUAUUCAUCACGUCGGGAAACAAGGUCUACCAAGCUUCCUGCGAGUCAGCCGUAGCCUCGACCAUCGCUAACGGGAACGAAGAAGGGAACGAAAUCGAACCGACGCAGUUUUGGACGCGGAAAAACGAAGAAGUCUUUAUGGUCUCUUGUCACACGAUUCGAUACAACAUUGAUGAGCACUACAUAAACGCGAGUGAUUGUAUCAACGGAACUUUGUACAACAGCGAGGACCUUCCAUCCCCCUUUAUGACUUUCAAGGAGUUCUGGAACCUGACUGGUCGCUGGAAGGCGGUUCUGGACCCCCAAGAAAAAUACGUCCCCAUGCAAAGUGCCCUCACGAUUUACAACACCUCCCGCCUUUACAUAAACCUGGACGGUUGCGUUAAUACUUUAAAAGGGGAGUGUUUAGACUUCCUCAAUUCCCAUGGAAGCGAUGGCAAGAACCAAACGGCGCAGUCACGCUAUCCAUGCUUCUAUAACAAGAACAACUCCUUUAUGGUAAUCGCUCGGUACGACUUGAAACGGACUUGGAGGGAUCUCAUAAUUGCGAUCAGUAUCCCGUCUGUCCUUUUUGUUGUUUCUUUCAUUACGUUGUGUGUCAUUAUGCAGUCGGUGCGGGUUGACGAUGACACCAAAAUGAGGUGUAAAUAUUGCUUCGUCAAGGAUAAUUCCGACUUGACUGAAAUGAUAACGGCCAAUAGUAAGUACGAGGUCUCCUCGCCUGAGUCAGAUGGGCCUUCGAGAAGGGAGGUUUUGGGUUAAAUUUUGUUGCCAUUGCUGUCUGUGACCAACAUAGUUAUCGUAGCUACAAGCAGUGUAUAAUAUGUGCCUUGUGCAACCGUGUAUGCCGCACGUUGGGUGAUUCGCUAAACGUCCCGAGGAUUUUUAGCUGAUCCACUCUGUAUACCUAUCGUUGUUGUUAUACACAUUCACUAAGUGUUAUUCUCGUCAUAUAGAUAUAUGUAUAUUUAACAGUUAAUGUUUGUCGAUUUAUAAAAUAUUUACAAGUUGUUACUAUAAGAACUGCGAGCUUAUGAACAAUGUUUCAAUUAUUCGAAUAACCGACUAUAAUCGCUUAUUGCUCACCAAUCUAUGUGAUCAGCACCUUUUCUUUCAGUUUCAUUAACAUUGACUGACAUGAACACUUCCUCACUAAGCGAAACGAUGGAAAAGUAGACCAAUUAACCCUAUCCUUGAACACAAAUCUAAAAAUAUUUUCGACAACACCGUUUUGUUGCUCAUCUCUUCUCUUCAAAAUAAAUUAGAGUGUAAUCAAAACCAUGGCCUCCAAAUUGAAAUGACCAAAUAUUUUUUCGAUACGACGUUUUCAUAUUUCUAGGUAUAUACGACGUGGUCCAAAUUGUAGAAAGAGUAGGACUUUGUUCACAAAACAAUUAUUAUUGCUCGCGAUUCUAAACUCGAAAAUCAUAUCUUUUAGCUAAAAAAUUACGUAGGCAUUAGCGCCACCGAAAGCCAAGGGACACUUAAUUAGAAAAGAGCCUUGUUCUUUCAACGGAGUGUUAGAAAAAUCACCAAGUGCCAAAAUUCCGAAAAUUUGGACAAAAUAUCAAAACACAGCAGUAAUAAUUGUUUUCCGGUGCAUAUGUUUACGAUUACAAUAUUCUAAAAUUGUGCUACAUAUGUUGAAACAUUGUAUUUAUGUAAUUGGUGUUAAUAAAUGAUUUUUAAUUUAACCGCCUUUUUUAUUUCACUUGUCGCCAUCUGCAAGCCAACAGAUAAAACAAAUUUCAAAACAACGGUUACGCCACAGUACGCUGUGUUGUGAAAAUGAGCAGAUUGUGUGCUGAGGUUGACCAGGAUCCUGGAGAGAAUGAUUCUGGGCAUUACAUGAAAGGUUAUAACAUAAAUUACAGUACUGCCAGUUCAGAAUCAGUAGUUUCGGAUUCUGUUGCGAGCAUCAAAAGUAAAAAGAAAUCUCCACCGAAGACAGAAACAACUUUAACUAGCGACGAAAUUCGAGACAGAUGCAGGAUUUCUUACGAGUGUCGUAACAACAUGAUCUGUAUUGAGGGACAUCCCAAGGGUAAAAAAUAAAAAUCCCGAUGAAA